ACAAUGGAUAGGUGCAAGCACAUUGAGCAGCUGCAGCUUGCUCAAGGACAUUCCAUCCUCAACCCUCAGAAAUGGUUCUGCAUGGUCUGCAACACAACGGAGUCCAUUUGGGCUUGCCUCAGCUGUUCCCACGUCGCCUGUGGGCAGUAUAUCCAAGAGCACGCACUGAAGCACUUUGAGGAAAGCAGCCAUCCGGUGGCCUUUGAGGUGAAUGACAUGUAUGUUUUUUGUUAUCUUUGUAACGAUUAUGUCCUAAACGAUAACACAGCCGGAGAUCUGAAGUCACUACGAAGUACACUAAGUGCAAUCAAAGGUAAAAGUUACCCUUGUGUGGUUCAGAGUGACUCGGUCUUACAGCCUGUGAAUGCGCAGGCCGAUUCUUACUCCCUACACGACAGCACCCAGUCUCUGCCUGGAAGUGAAGAUCCGAUGUGCACUGCCCUCUGGCACAGGAGACGUGCGCUCAUGGGAAAAACCUUUCGAACUUGGUUUGAACAGUCACCGAUUGGAAGGAAAAGGCAAGAGCAAACUCAGGAGAAAACGGUAGCCAAGAGAGAGGUGAAGAGAAGGCAGCAGGAGUUAGAGCAGCAGAUGAAAGCUGAGCUGGAAUGCACUCCUCCGCGAAAGAGUUUACGCUUACAAGGCCUCUCCGAGGCGGCCACGGUCGAAAUCCUUCCGGUGCAGGCACCGCCGCCACCUCCAGCGUCCCCAGCGAAGGAGAAAGCCUUAGCGCUACCUCCCUUGGAAGACGGGAAACUUAAAAGAGUAAGUGACUCCUUAAUCAAACGAAGGCCCGCGGUAACUCCUGGUGUAACCGGACUGAGAAAUUUAGGAAAUACUUGCUAUAUGAAUUCUGUUCUUCAAGUGUUGAGUCAUUUACUCAUUUUUCGACAAUGUUUUUUAAAGCUUGACCUGAACCAAUGGCUGGCUGUGGCUGCCAGCGAUAAAGCCCGAUCCUAUAAGCACUCAGCCGUCACGGAUGCUGCGACAGUGGCGGCACAUCAGAUGAACGAAGGGCAAGAGAAGGAGAAAGGCUUCGCGUGCUCCAGACACCCGGGUUUAUCUUCAGGCCUAAGCGGAGGAGCCUCCAAAGGUCGGAACAUGGAGCUCAUUCAGCCAAGGGAGCCCAGUUCCCCGUACAGUUCUCUCUGCCAUGAAUUGCACACCCUGUUCCAAGUCAUGUGGUCCGGAGAGUGGGCCCUGGUCUCGCCGUUUGCCAUGCUUCACUCAGUGUGGAAGCUGAUCCCUGCUUUCCGUGGUUAUGCCCAGCAAGAUGCGCAGGAAUUUCUUUGUGAACUUCUGGAUAAGAUACAGCGAGAACUAGAGACAACCGGAACCAAAUUACCAGCUCUCAUCCCCACCUCCCAAAGGAGGCUCAUUGAGCAAGUUCUGAACGUCGUAAAUAACAUUUUUCACGGACAACUACUUAGUCAGGUUACCUGCCUUGCUUGCAACAACAAAUCCAAUACUAUAGAGCCGUUCUGGGACUUGUCACUGGAAUUCCCAGAGAGAUACCAAUGCAGUGGGAAAGACGCUGCCUCGCAGCCAUGUCUGGUCACUGAUAUGUUGGGCAAGUUUACAGAAACAGAAGCUUUAGAAGGGAAAAUCUACGUGUGUGACCAUUGUAACUCGAAGCGUAGAAAGUUUUCGUCAAAACCAGUUGUACUCACAGAAGCCCAGAAACAGCUUAUGAUAUGCCACCUCCCUCAGGUUCUCAGACUGCACCUCAAGCGAUUCAGAUGGUCAGGACGUAAUAACCGAGAGAAGAUUGGUGUUCAUGUUGUCUUUGAGGAAACCUUAAACAUGGAGCCCUAUUGCUGCAGUGAGACCCUGAACGCUCUCAGACCAGAGUGCUUUAUCUAUAAUUUAUCUGCUGUCGUAAUCCACCAUGGAAAAGGAUUUGGCUCAGGACACUACACUGCCUACUGCUACAAUUCUGAAGGAGGGUUCUGGGUACACUGCAACGACUCCAAGCUAAGCAUGUGCACUAUGGAAGAAGUGCUCAGGGCCCAGGCUUAUAUCUUAUUCUAUACCCAGCGAGUGACUGAGAACGGACAUUCGAGACUCUUGCCUCCUGAGCUCCUGUCCAACAGCCAGCAGCACCCCAGUGAAGAAACGGACACCUCUUCUAAUGAAGUCCUCAGCUGAUCCAGACCGUGGGCUCUCGUUAUUUGUAUAUAUACUUUUUAAAUGGGCUGACCUACGAUGCUGGGCUUCAUUGUUUUUAUUCUGUAAUUAUGAUCAGUGCCUGCUGUUUACACAUUGUGUAUUUAACUACAAAGUUUUUCUUUUUUUACAGAGACAAACUAUAAAUAUAUGUAUAUCAACUAUAGGCCAACUAAAACUUUUUUCAAAUAUUUGAGUUUUAUACUUUUAGUGUUUACCUCAGAAUAUUAUUACCUCUUAUAUUUUGAUGUCUUAAUUGCCUCAAAUCAUGAAUUUGUGCAAUCUACUAAAGAAAUUCAGGUGGCAUCCUUUUA